UAAUCGUACUGGACAUAUACCAAGAGCAACCACCCGGGUGCAUUACCCACACGUCAAACCACAUUCAACCAGAAGCGACCAAGCUUCUGUUCCUUCAACCCCAAGCACCACUUCUUUAGUACAUCGGACUUUGACCACCUCCCUCACUCUCGUCAUCUUAAUAUUCUAUCAUCACACCACGACAGUUCCUCACAUCGGCAAUCAUGGCUCACAAGACGACCCACAAGGUGCAACUCCCACUUUUUGAGGCGACGCCUGUGGACGAGAUUCCCCGAAUUGCUGCUUCGUUGCGCAACACCUUCAGAACCAAUAAGACUAAGGAUAUUGAGUAUCGACUGGUACAGCUCCGCAAACUGUACUGGGGACUGCAGGACUACACCGAGCACCUGUUGGAGUCGCUGAAGCAGGAUCUCAACAAGCCUGCCCACGAUGCCCACAUGACUGAGGUCGGCUGGGCCAUACAAGACUGCAUGUUUGUGAUUCAAAAUCUUGAGAAAUGGGCCCAGGACGACACCAACGUGGACAUAGCCCUCAGCUUCGCAAUGCUUAAACCCCGAAUCAAGAAGGAGCCCAUCGGCACCGUCAUCAUCAUCGGAACCUACAACUUUCCUGUCAACCUAGUUGUAUGCCCCCUCAUCGGAGCCAUCGCUGCGGGGUGUCCCGCUGUGAUCAAGCCUUCCGAGAGCGCACCUGCCACUGCCAUGGUCCUGAAGGAGUUGGUGGAGAAGUACUUGGAUCCAACGGCGUACGCAACGGUCAAUGGAGCUGUGCCCGAGACAACUGCUCUGCUCAACGAGAAGUGGGACAAGAUUUUCUACACCGGUGGCGAGAGGGUCGCAAAGAUUAUCUGCAAGAAGGCUGCCGAGACAUUAACACCUGUAUGUCUCGAGCUCGGUGGCAGGAACCCCGCCUUCGUCUCCAAGCAUGCCGACUUGCACCUUGCUGCUCGCAGAUUGAUGUGGGGCAAGACGCUCAAUGCCGGCCAAGUAUGUAUGUCACACAACUACGUCCUGGUUGACAGGGCUGUGGUGGACGAUUUCAUCAAUCAGUUGAACGCAAUCAACCAAGAAUUCUUCCCCAACGGCGCCCAGGCAAGCCCUGACCUCGCACGUAUCGUCAACCAUCAACACUUUGACCGCAUGAAGAAGAUGCUCGAAGGCACCCGUGGCAAAAUCGUCAUGGGCGGAGAGACUGACAGGAACGAUCUCUUCAUUGCACCGACGGCUGUUCUUGUUGACUCCGUCAACGACAUCAUGAUUCAAGAGGAGUCAUUUGGCCCCAUCUGGGCCAUCCUUCCAUACGACAAUCUCGACGACGCCAUCAAGUUGGUCAACGGCGUAGAUUCGACCCCUCUCUCACUUAUGGCAUUUGGCAAGAAAGAUGAAAACGAGAAGAUCCUCCACAACAUUACUUCAGGUGGCGCGUCGUUGAAUGACUCGUACAUGCAUGGGGCUGUGUCUACACUUCCCUUUGGUGGCGUUGGCACGUCCGGAACGGGCAGUUACCGCGGAAAGGCGUCGUUCGACGAGUUCACGCACCAUCGUACUGUCGUCGAGACGCCCACUUGGAUGGACAAACUCCUGCGCGUGCGCUACAUGCCAUAUCAGGAGUCAGAUCUGAAGACGUUUCAGUGGAUGAACGGGGUGAAGCCCGACUUUGACCGCAACGGCAAAAAGAUCCAAAGCGCCGGAUACUGGCCGAAGAUGAUCUUCGGUCUUGGCGGCCCGUCUGUUAAAGGUUCAUCAGAGUAGACGCGACAGUCUGAUAAAUGCAUAACAAACUCAAUAUGAAGCCACCUUCCCUAUGUGUCUCCCAAAAAGGACAUACGCAGGGAAAGGCUUGGAACCGAAUAGAAGUUAUGCAAACCCUAACAAUCCCCACGGUCGCGCGCGACCGAUGAGGACCCUGGAUUUGGC